AUGAACUCCCUCCUUGUGCUGGCCGUGCUGUCUGCCUGGGGCUCAUCCCUGGCUGGUGGGAACCUCUGGGAUCUGCAGAAGAUGAUCACGAAGGUGACCGGGAGAAACGCCUUCCUGUAUUACUCCUCCUACGGCUGCUACUGUGGCUUGGGUGGCCACGGACGGCCCAAGGACGCCACGGACAGGUGCUGCCAGCUGCACGACACCUGCUACGACGGCCUCCUGCGCCACCACUGCAACGCCAAGGAGCAGCGCUACCACUACGGCUGGCACGGCAGCAGCCCCACCUGCAGUCAGGGCUCCUGGUGCGCCAAGCUCUCCUGCGAGUGCGACCGCAGCCUGGCGCUGUGCCUGAAGGGGAGCCUGCAGAGCUACAGCCGGCGCUACCGCCUGUACCCCCGGUACAGGUGCAGGUGA